AUGGCACCCAUUCAUAAACAUCCCCUUCGGACUAGGCAAGCACAAACACACGUCCUGCCGCCACGCCCCGCGAACGGCCCUACCGGAGAAGCUGUACCAGUGACGACUUUCUUUAGCUUGAAAACCUUCUUGGCAAUCAUGAUUGCCACCUUUUCUAUUUUCAUACUCACUAUUUACUUUUGGAAGUUGUCCUCGUUUCUCCGUCGGUUUACCAGACACAGGGUCCUGGGCGGGAAUAGUAAGUCUAUCCGAUAUGCAAAAACGUGGCACGGGUGGGUUCCUUUGGCCGAGCACGAGGCAAAGAGGGCGCGCAGGAAGAGCCGAUACAGGAAAUUUCGACAAAAGAUCGCAUGGAGGUCGUCUCAUGCUGAUUACAACUGGGUAUGGUGGGAUCCAAAAGGUGCUGCUGUGGAACAACACUUCGAGGACAAAAGGCAUGUCCGCUGGCUCCCUCGAUGGUUGAAGAGCUAUGAGCAUGCAAACGCCGAUUUGGCUCGUAAAGUGUCGAAAGAACGUCCUGCUGAUUCAGAAAAGCACCACCCAGAGACAAAUUCGAAGGCAAAACCUGGUUUGCGGAAUUCUAUUAAAAUUUCCGCCCAAAUUGUAAAGGCCCGUAAACGCCCACGAUCAGGGAGAUCACCAAUAUUCCUUGAUGGCUUCAAUGACAGAAUACUCCCGUCGAUGUUAUAUAACGGCUUCCGUCGAACUUCUGGACAGAAGGUGGCUGGUCGGACUCCCUUCAAUUCACGGGGUGCUGAACCUCUGCCUUUAUCGGCGGACAGUUCAAACCGCAGUGCCCGCUGCCAACGAACACCAACACCUGAUUUCUCACAGAAUGGAUUAAGGCGAUGUGUUUCACUGUCUCACCUUCCUACAUCCCCAGGACAUGUUGAGUCAAUACCCGCCCUUGGAGCUCACAGGAAGUCUGCUUCAGAAGGUUUUCAACGGAGCACGGUCCAGCCGAUACAUUUUCCAAGACUAUAUUAUGGUCGUUUUCGAACGAUAGUACCGGCCGACGAAGGUCAAAAUCAUCUGGUGGUUGCCCAAACUGCGGUGGUUACGGAAAAAUCGCUGAGUUGGAAAUACAAAGCCUGGGCCGCACAUAUGCAACUCCAACCGAUUGAGCAACCACCUCCCUACCUUCACGGACUGGCUGGACGGCCGGGAAGCCCCCUAUCAGGAAUUUUGAAAGCCCUGAGAUCAUCUGAUUACCAGUCUGAGUCUUCAGAAUACUAUUCUCGGAUCCCAAUCCGAAACCGUACCUCUGAGUCUUUCACUCCCGAGACGAACACUCCUCAAUUCCCUUCAUUGCCCACGUUUACCCCUAGUAUCCAACGUGGGCCUCCACAGCAUCAGGCAGCUUAUCUCUCUGACGUUUCACUGGGCGCACUCUCUGUAGAUGGAACUGGGGAUGCAAUUCGAUCCCCACUCGCCCAAAGUAGCAACCUAAUCCAUCCAGGAAAAAAACCUUAUAAUGCCGACAAAUCCAUCCACCAACCAAUAUUACCGCCGUCCACAGGAUUCAGUAAUCUCCCAAGACAGCCGCUCCACCCAGCGCAAAAUAGGGCCGUCUCGUUCCAGCUCCCAAAAGCUCAGCAAGAGGAGCGGGUUGGGCCAUGGGCGAGCCCACAGACUCUAUUGAGCAAUGCUGAAGUUAGAUUGAUCUAUGACCUCGAUCGCAGGCUCGAAUGGCUCUCGAGUGAAGUUGAGCCUGGUCGCCAACCGUUUCAGUUUCUGCUACUCGCAAACCAUUGGUUAAAUAGGUCUACGUGGACAGUGCUGGAUCCGGUUUCAAGAGUUUCAGUUACAGAACGGAGGGAGCAUGGAGAUCCCAGAUUCAAUUACCCUCUACCUGCGCCGAAAAAUAACACCUUUAGACCCAAAUACCCCACGCAGCAUCGUCUGAAGAUACACGCACCGAGACUUGAUUCAUGGCGAGUGGCCAUUAAUGGCGCCAGGAAGUCAUCCGGGGCACGGGAAUUCUUAAAAGCAGUUGAAUUAUUCGAAGGCUCGGCUGAGGAACCUCCUGACGGCGCCAUUGACCCGGCAAGCUGGAUUCUUCGAAGACCUCCGCAGGGGUUCGAGAUGUCAAAUAAACAGGCGAACGCAUACUACGAAGGGAUGGGUGGCUGGUGUGAGAAGCUCGAUGACUGGCAGAAUGUUUGCCGGGCGUACAGGGCGCGCAGGGUUAUUUGUGAAGGCGGAGCUAAUCGACAGAGGAUAAAGGAGGUUGCAGAGAUGGCUGCUCGUCCCUGUCGGAAGGUGAUCAAAAGAUGGAAUCGGGCUCCACAACAGUUUUAUCGGACAGAGAAGCAGAAGUCGAGGCGAAAACACCAGGAAAUGCGGCAGGUAUUGUCUGGUAGCGGUUCGAUUCCGCGCCAUCACCAACGCGAUAGUGCGCCGGGACGACGACCAGCGAUAAUAACCCUUGGGUCAAACACGCCGGGACGCAAUGAUUCUGUCGUAUCCGUAUCUCGAUCCAUCAUCGUCCCUUCGGGGAAUUCAGCAAGUGGAUAUCUGUCGACGAGGCGUUGGGUUGCGAUGGAUGGUAGUCAUGAAUCUGGAGACAUGGUCGUGGUGCUUGAGCAGGAGGCUGUGCAGUUUGAGCAUACGGAGCGAGAUCCUGGUUGA